AUUUAUUGGUUUCUCCGAAGAAAACACUUUUUCAAAAAAUCGAACUCCCACUUUCUCACCUAAUCCCUCCAUUUCUUUCUCCGGCCUUCAAAUCUUGAAAUCCGACCACCGCCCCUUACUUUUAAAGCGAACGAAUAAACACGGAAAAAUCCCCAUCCGUGCUUUUUCCCUCUGCCAUCUUGAGAUUGGCAACGAGCACAAGGAAUCUCCUGCCUGCCCUUUCGUCCUCUCUUUCUUCCUUUUUCAGGAAGACGAAGUAAAGUUUCGAUUUUUCUCCGGCUGCGCGUGGGCUGAGGAAUCAAAGGUUGUUGCUUUUUCGUGCAAUAUUCAAAGGGUUCGCGUCUCCCGGGAGUUCAAUUCUUGGGCUGUGGCCUGGGAUCGAAGUGCUUGUUUUUUUCUGUUUUUUUUUCAACUGGGAAAGAGGGGGAGCUGCUGCUGCACCAAUGGUGAUUGGUUGAUGUAGUGGAGUGGAAGUUUGUUCCCGGAGAGAGAGAAGAUGGUGGUGAGGAAGGUGGGGAAGUACGAGGUGGGGAGGACAAUUGGAGAAGGGACGUUUGCGAAGGUGAAGUUCGCGCAGAACACCGAGACGGGGGAGAGCGUCGCCAUGAAAGUGAUCGAUCGCAGCUCCAUCAUCAAGCACAAGAUGGUGGACCAGAUUAAAAGGGAGAUAUCGAUAAUGAAACUUGUGCGGCAUCCCUACGUAGUUCGUCUUCAUGAGGUACUUGCCAGCCGAACUAAGAUUUACAUAAUCCUGGAGUUCAUUACAGGUGGAGAAUUGUUCGACAAAAUAGUCCAUCAUGGACGUCUCAGUGAAGCUGAGGCUAGAAGAUACUUUCAACAACUUAUUGAUGGGGUAGAUUUUUGCCACAGCAAAGGAGUCUAUCACAGAGACUUAAAGCCUGAAAAUCUAUUACUCGACUCCCAAGGAAAUUUGAAAAUCUCUGAUUUUGGUCUUAGCGCAUUGCCUGAACAGGGGGUUAGCUUACUUCGGACAACAUGUGGGACUCCUAAUUAUGUAGCACCAGAGGUACUUAGUCACAAGGGUUACAAUGGUGCCCCGGCAGAUGUUUGGUCCUGCGGGGUGAUCCUUUAUGUUUUGAUAGCAGGAUAUCUCCCGUUUGAUGAACUAGACCUCACCACACUUUACAGUAAGAUUGAUAAUGCUGACUUUUCAUGCCCAUCAUGGUUUCCCGUGGGAGCGAAGUCCUUGAUCAAGAGGAUUUUAGAUCCAAAUCCUGAAACUCGAAUUACAAUAGAGCAGAUCAGAGAUGAUGAAUGGUUUAAGAAAGGUUAUAAUCCUGUCAAAGUCAUUGAAUCCGAAGAUGUGAACUUGGAAGAUAUAAAUGCUGCCUUUGAUGAUGAUGAGGAACAGCAGCCUAAUGAGGAAGGCGGGAAUGAAGACAUGCGUCCGUUGAUUCUUAAUGCAUUUGACUUAAUAAUCUUAUCUCAAGGGUUAAACCUUUCAGCCCUCUUUGACAGGGGUCAGAACUUUGAUUCAUCCCAUCUUCGACAGGACUCUGUGAAGCAUCAAACUCGCUUUGUGUCGCAGAAGCCUGCAAAGGUGGUUUUAUCGAGUAUGGAAGUUGUUGCACAAUCUAUGGGUUUCAAGACACAUAUUCGCAAUUAUAAGAUGAGAGUGGAAGGUCUAUCAGCAAGCAAGACCUCACAUUUCUCUGUUAUUUUGGAGAUUUUUGAGGUUGCUCCAACAUUCUUCAUGGUUGAUAUUCAGAGAGCAGCUGGAGAUGCCAAUGAGUACCUUAAGUUCUACCAGAGUUUCUGUGGCAAUCUUGACGACAUCAUCUGGAAGCCUCCUGGUGAAUCAACCAAAUCAAGGAUCACGAAGAGCAAAAGCAAGAAGCGCUGAUCUUACAUUAGAAGACAUCCGGCGUCUCCCUGUAACAGGAGUAUGUUCUCCUUGUUUAACCCAACUGAGCUUGGGAUGACCAGGCUUCGAGGAUGUAGUGGCUAGUGUGAUUUGAGUUGUUCCUAAAUCUGCAAGAAACGAAAAUCUCUCUUUUUAUGUAUAGUUAAAUUUUUGUGGAAUGUAUAUGUAUAUGGGUGUAUUGACGCGAGGCACGGCUCUGUUGAGGACCAUAAUAUUAUCUGGAAGUUAGUCUAUUUUGGAGAAAAAGCAGCUUGGAAUGAGAAAUGGUUUUCCCGAUC